AUGAGUCAACCUACAAGUAACGCGUGCGGACAUUAUGAAGUAUCAAUUACAAAUGCAAUAUGUGUCGAUUAUAUCAACAAUCCUCAUGGUCCUGUUGAUGACACUCUGGAGAUAUGUCGCAGAUACCCUCCCAGUAAAUUACCCCGUUUCGCCCCUCUCCUCAUACACAAAGAAAUGAAAGCCAACACCAGUGACAUGAUACUUACUCCAAUGCAUCGAGCAAUUAUUGCUGUGCCUAAAAUUCAUUGUCUCUCGGAGGAAAAACAGAGCGAAUUGGAGCUUGCCGUUUGUGAAGCUUCAGAGGAACGAUUGAUCUGGGCAACAUCCAGCCGUAGAAACACAAACGGAAGGCAGCAGUUAAGCUUUCUCGCUCCAAGGCUUUCGUGGAAUUAUAAUCCAGUACCUAUAGUUGAUACUGAUAUUCCAGUGGAUACGAUCAACGCCGAAAGAAUACUUGAUAUGCAAAAUAGACUUUGCAUCGCUAUCAUCGCCAAUGCAAUUGCAUACAUGCGAGUCUUGCUUGAAAGUCACCACGCAGAUGCCAACUUUAGAAACAAAUACUUCGGUAGACCGUUGUAUCUCGCUUCAAGGUACGGACGAGUCGAUAUAAUACAAGUUCUUCUACACCAUGGCGCCGACUCCAGCGCAAUUCAACCAUAUUAUGGCCCUCACUUGACAGUAGGUUUAGGAAGAGAAAAGUUCUUCUGUUCUUCGGGAAGCGCGUUGCGUGUAGCCGCAAUGAAUGGUCACUUUGAAACAAUGAAGAUGCUUGUACAAUCACGCUAUAAUGCAGUAUUACCCCUUUCCCACGAAGAAAUCAAAAUGGUCCUUCAUGUUGCGGCGAGGACAGGAUCUGAAACAUGCAGAGGACGUUCUACUUCAAGCCGCUUCUUGGGGAAGAGAAAAUCUACUUACAGUAAUGCUGAACGUGGUGUAGAUGUCAACUGUAUUGCGGGACCGAAUCACACUAUGCCAUAUUGGUCGCCCAUUCACUGUGCCGCUUAUAAAGGUCAUGCGAAUAUUGUCAUCUUUCUGUUGUCAAAUGGUGCCGAAUUAAAUCGUGCGAUUGUCCGGAGAUCAAGAACCUACGUUGGUAUUGGAUCUGAUGCGAUAAGCUUUGCAGUCGCCCGAGGUCACAACGAAUUAAUUCAUGUUCUUGUAGACUAUGGCGGGAUAGUGUUAAAAGAAAUAAUACACACGGAUCCUUCAUCAAAUAAAACUCUGUUGAACAUAGCCGCUCGAUGGAGCCAGCACCAUACGAUGCGUCUCUUGUUGAAAGAAGGGGGUGAUGUUACCGGAAUAGGCGAGCAAGCUCUGCGUGAAUAUGCCGUCAAACGUGGAGAUCUCUUGAUGACACGUCUUCUCAUCGAUGCUAACGUUUCUCCUUGUGAUAACCCCAACAAAAGCCACCAACCAGUGCUCAUAGCAAAAUGUCAUGGGUGGCAGCAUAUUGUGGAUCUAUUAAUCAGUGCGGGGGUUGAUGAUAUCAAUCCUUUUGAUACAGAUAAGUACCCUAUCGACUCACGAAGCUUUCGAGAUGGUCAUUAUCCUCUAAAGCAAAAUAAGACACCGCGGCAACUAUGGCAUAUACAAGGCAAAAAUUGA